AUGCACGCUGAUGUCAACGCUCCGGAGGAAGUCGACUGGCGGAAGGAGGGAGCGGUGACUGAAGUCAAGAACCAGGGUCAAUGCGGGAGUUGCUGGGCGUUUUCCACUACUGGAGCUGUUGAGGGUAUCAACAAGAUCGUGACUGGCGAGCUAAUUUCGCUGUCAGAGCAGGAGCUGGUUGACUGCGACACGAAGAAGGAUCAGGGAUGUGGUGGUGGACUCAUGGACUUCGCGUUCGAAUUCAUCAUUAAGAACGGCGGUCUUGACACGGAGGAGGAUUAUCCUUACGACGCAACAGCUCACAAGUGCAACAAGGCCAAGGGUAUUUUCGAUGGUGAGUGCGGCACAGAUCUGGACCAUGGCGUUCUGGCCGUCGGAUACGGCACAGAGAACGGAACGGAUUACUGGAUUGUGAAGAACUCGUGGGGUCCUCGCUGGGGUGACCACGGCUUCAUCAGGCUGGUCAGGAAUGUUGAAGCUGAGGAGGGCCAGUGCGGUAUUGCCAUGCAGGCAUCCUAUCCGAUCAAGAAGGGGCCCAACCCACCUCCCGGCCCUCAGCCUCCUCCCACUCCUCCUCCCUCUCCUGAGAGCCCCAACAUGGAGUUUGGAGUGCCGCUGCUCACUCGCUCCCAAGCCCACUUCCGCUGGCCAUUCCUGCGCGAUGUUCUGGGACGCAAGGUGGGACAGGAACAGGAGAAUGCCUCCUAG